AUGAAGCCGUUUUUUCUCAUGCUGUUCUUGCUGUUGACAGAUGCUGAUUGUUUUUUUGAUAUAAAAGAAAUAAUCUCGGAUAAAAUGACGAAAUUACCGAAAGAUUUCAAUGUAGCCAUUAAAGAUAUAGCUGAAAGUUUGCCUUCUAAAGAAAUGACUGUGGUGAGAGGGAAUUCGACAAAUAUUAGAUCCCAAGAUGUAUUUGAGUUACUACGUUUGCUCUGCCAACAUAACAUUCAGGUCGUUAACCUUGAUAUAGCUGCUAUGGAAAACAAGGAAAUGUACUACGGGUACCUGAAAAAAGCUUUAGACGUCUCGGACGAACGCACUAACUUAAUUUUGUGCGAACCGUAUGAAUGUGAGAACUUGCUUCUUGAGUUGAGGGAGAACAACUUGAUUCACCGAACGAUACUUUACAUAUUUUUCUGGCCAUACGGAUCUGUUAGCGAUAGAUUCCUGAACACGAUGGUGGAAGCAAUGAGAGUGGCCGUCAUCACAAAUCCCAGGGAGAGCGUGUUCCGAAUAUACUACAACCAAGCGACUCCCAACAGACUGAAUCAUCUAUCUUUGGUCAAUUGGUGGGCUUUUCGUUUAUACAAGUCACCUCUUUUACCUUCUGCUGAUAAAGUCUACAAGAACUUCAGAGGACGAGUUUUUGAUGUACCCGUUCUCCACGCUCCGCCGUGGCACUUCGUGAAAUACAACAACGACUCUUCCAUCAAUGUGACAGGCGGACGUGAUGACAAACUACUGAAAUUGAUAGCUAAUAAAUUGAACUUCAGGUACAGAUAUUAUGAUCCCCCGGACCGAAGUCAGGGAUCUGGCAUAAUUGGGAAUGGAACUUUCAAAGGAACUCUCGGUCUUAUUUGGAAACGGCAAGCGGAUUUCUUCUUGGGAGACGUGACAAUGACUUGGGAGCGACUGCAGGCUGUCGAAUUUUCAUUCUUGACACUCGCAGAUUCUGGUGCCUUCUUAACCCAUGCCCCGGCCAAGCUAAGCGAGACCUUAGCCAUCAUUAGACCUUUUCGUUGGGAGGUUUGGCCAUUAGUAUGUGCAACUCUAUUCAUCACGGGGCCCGCGCUCUGGAUUGUGAUAGCAGCACCGUCGCUAUGGCAACGGAAAAAACGUGAUCAGAUGGGACUACUUAACAACUGCUGUUGGUUCACAGUCACCCUGUUUCUGAGGCAAUCUUCGACCAAGGAACCGUCUAGCACCCACAAGGCACGCCUGGUAACCGUCCUCAUUUCGCUCGGUGCCACGUACGUGAUCGGCGACAUGUACUCAGCCAACCUCACUAGUUUACUGGCCAGGCCAGCUAAGGAACCACCAAUAGGGACUUUGCCCGCUUUGGAGGAGGCCAUGAGAGAACACGGAUAUGAACUGGUGGUGGAAAGUCAUAGUUCUUCAUUGAGUAUUUUGGAGAACGGAACCGGAGUAUACGGUCGUCUUGCUAAACUGAUGAAAAGACAAAGGGUCCAGCGAGUUCACAACGUGGAAGCCGGAGUCAGACUCGUACUCAACAGGAGACGGGUCGCGGUGCUCGGCGGGCGGGAGACCCUUUACUAUGAUACUGAAAGAUUUGGUUCACAUAAUUUUCAUCUGAGUGAGAAGCUCUAUACGAGAUACUCGGCCAUCGCCUUUCAAAUAGGCAGUCCGUAUUUGGAGACUAUUAACAAUGUAGUAAUGACGUUAUUCGAAGCAGGCAUCCUCGGCAAAAUGACGACAGACGAAUACAAGAAUCUUCCAGAACAAUCCAGAAGAUCCGAACCAGUAACUGAGAGUGAAAACUUAAGCACCGAAAAAACUGGAGAAACUGCUGCAGUCACUCAGAUCCAAAAUGAAACUUCGAAAGGUUUAGAACCAGUGUCUUUGACAAUGCUACGUGGCGCCUUCUGUCUUCUUGGCAUUGGUCAUCUUCUCGCCGGCGUGACUCUCCUCAUUGAAAUUCAGCUCUAUCGUCGCGCAAGAAAAAGGGCCUUACCACCACAAACUCGGAAUCCAACGAACACUUUCAAGGCAAAAGCAAAAAAGUGCAUCCUAAGAGGCUGGAGAAGAAUCAAGGCUGCCGCCAUUUUAGCUAUCGAUAGAGCUUUGGCCCCUGAUCGUGGCAUUGAUUAAAGUGUUUAAAAAGACAAAAGAAGAAAGAUGAAAUAAAAAGAAGAAAGGAAGAAAAAAGGAACGCGACUUUUACCUUGUCUAGCUAUCGUCUAAGUUUCCCAAAACCUUGAUGUAAGUCCUCACACGCGUGGUGUGUCUGUUAUCUUAGUGGCCUUGUUUAUACCACAAAGAGGUAAUUGAAUUGAAGGUAGAUGUAUCCAAAUAUAAUACAUAGAGACUUCAAAGGGCCAUAGCAUUUUGAUGGAACAAAAGGCACUAAGUCAGUUCAUUUUAGUUAAAACCAUAUUUGAAACACUGGAAUAGAAGGCACAUAAACAUUGAAAUUAAAUGUCAUCGCCCACUCAAAGACAUCAUGACCUUAGCUUAGUUCGCUUCGCUUCUAAUACUGAGAUUAUACGGAUAGUAGUCACGAUUUAAUCAGUCUUAAUUUCAUUCAUUACAGAUUACCUUAACUUGAAAGUCUCAUUGUUUAAUACCAAUUAUUGUAUUUUAUUUGAACAUAGUCCAUUUACUUUAAUUAAUUAUAAUUAAUUUUACAAUUAAAUUUCUUUUGUAUUGCUACUUGCAAAACGUUGCCUGUAUAACCUUUCUUUUAAGCUUACCUGUAAAAGUUUUCGUAAAGCUUAACGUAAUAAGCAUGUUGUGUGCGACUUUGCAAUGCGAAUUUUGUGCAAUUAGUUACAAUUACUUCGAAGGAUUAAACGCUAGUUAUUAAUAGCUUAAACGAAAGCUUAAUUGAGGACGUUAAUUAAGAAAAAAGAGUUAUUAGAAUUUAGUUAAAUAGUUAUUAAUCAAACUGAAAACGUAAUACUAGUAGCAAAAAUAACUUUGUAACAAUGAAUAAAACAUGAAAUAAUCAUUCCAGUAGUACCUACGCACAUGCUACCGCCAUUUAAAAAGUCUUAAACCGAAACUGAUCACCAACCGUUAGAAAACAAGGAUGUCGACAAUAUUAAAAGUAUAACCAAUAAAUUACAUCUCACAUCAUAAACAAAAAGCCAUUUAAUUCAAUUAAGUCAAGCUAAAUAAUAUUAUUCUAAAAGGCAGUCCAACAACACUGCUAGACUCGCGUUCCGCAAAGCAAAUCUUCAUGGUCUGUAUUUUUAAUACAAAAUGCUCAAACUAAGCAGCUUAAUUUAAAUAACACGAUUCAAAGUAAUGUCCAAGUAAAUGAGGGUAUAAAAGCCAAAACAAAAGCCUCUAAUUCUCGGGGCUGAUCCGUCGAGGACAAACAAUAAAAUAAAUGUUCUAUUAUAAUAAAACACAAGAAUAAUAUGGCACUAACGUUUCUACACACAGUUGUGGUCUGUACAAGAUGAGAUUUGCGUAGUUUUAAUGUUUAAUUUCAAAACAUAGAUUGCUAAGUGUCAGAAUGUCUGGAUGAUGUUUUUAGAAUAGCUACCGAAACCAUUAAACUCGUAAAAACAAA